GGUACCGGGACACAACGGUCCCCAUGCCAUCUCAGCUCCCCAGCCUGAUGCAUCCAACACCGGAGGAAGCCCGCAAGACCCCAUCUGCAGCAGCAGAGUAUACACAAUGGUCCAGGCCCGAGUGCCAGGUGUGGACGGGGAUGCUGCUUCUGGGCACCUGCCUGCUGUACUGUGCUCGCGUCACCAUGCCUGUCUGUACCGUUGCCAUGAGCCAGGACUUCGGCUGGAACAAGAAGGAGGCUGGUAUCGUGCUCAGCAGCUUCUUCUGGGGCUACUGCCUGACUCAGGUGGUGGGCGGCCACCUUGGGGAUCGCAUCGGAGGUGAGAAGGUCAUCUUGCUGUCAGCCUCCACCUGGGGCUUCAUCACGGCCAUCACGCCACUGCUUGCCCAUCUUGGCAAUGGCCACCUGGCCUUCAUGACAUUUUCUCGAAUCCUCACGGGUCUGCUUCAAGGUGUUUACUUCCCAGCCCUGGCCAGUCUGCUGUCCCAGAGAGUUCCGGAGAAUGAAAGAGCCUUUACCUACGGCACUGUGGGUGCUGGCUCCCAGUUCGGGACCCUGGUGACUGGGGGCGUCGGCUCGGUGCUCCUGGACUGGUGUGGCUGGCAGAGUGUCUUCUACUUCUCCGGUGGCCUCACCCUGCUCUGGGUGUACUACGUGUACAGGUACCUGCUGAAUGAGAAAGACCUUGACCUGGCCCUGGAUGUCCUGGCACAAGACCUACCUAUGGUCAGGCCCUCCAAAGUGCCCUGGAGACAACUCUUCCGGAAGCCCUCUGUCUGGGCUGCAAUCUGCUCCCAGCUGUCCUCAGCCUGCUCCUUCUUCAUUCUACUCUCCUGGCUGCCCACCUUCUUCAAGGAGACCUUCCCCCACUCCAAGGGCUGGGUCUUCAAUGCAGUGCCCUGGCUGCUGGCAGUCCCUGCCAGUCUAUUCAGUGGCUUCCUCUCUGAUCAUCUCAUCAGUCAGGGUUACAGAGUCAUCACAGUGCGUAAGUUCAUGCAGGUGAUGGGACUUGGUCUGUCAAGCAUUUUUGCCCUGUGUCUGGGUCAUACUACAAGCUUCCUCAAGGCUGUCAUCUUUGCAUCAGCUUCCAUUGGCUUGCAGACCUUCAACCAAAGUGGUAUUUCAGUCAAUAUUCAGGACCUAGCCCCAUCCUGUGCUGGUUUUCUGUUCGGUGUGGCCAACACUGCCGGGGCCUUGGCAGGUGUGAUAGGCGUGUUUCUGAGUGGCUACUUGAUUGAGGCCACUGGCUCCUGGACGUGUAUUUUCGACCUGGUGGCCAUCAUCAGCAACCUGGGACUGGGCACCUUUCUGGUGUUUGGGAAGGCCCAGAGGGUGGACCUGACCCCUGAUCACGAGGACCUCUAGCUCCCUGACUACCCGGUCCCACCCAGGACCCUGAUGUCGCAGUCUAAGGAAAACAGCUCUGUUGGUGAAACCCUGAAUCUGCACCUCACAUGUAUGAAGCAAACA